AUGAAGUCUUUCUCCAUCCUUGCUGGCCUCAUUGGCCUUGCAUCCGCCACCGGCUGGAACGAGACAUGGAGUCACACUCCCUCUUCGUCUGCUUCGGUCUCGUCCUCGGUCUCGGAGCACCAGUCCACCCCCUGGGUCAAGCCCACUGGCUGGACUGAGACCUCAUCGGUUGCUUCUUCCUCUGCUGAGCACAAUGCUACCUCGACGCUCGUCACCUAUGUCACCACAACCGUGUGCCCUACGACUCUCACCACGACCAGUGGUGGCAAGACGUACACGCAAACAACAACUUUGACAUCGGUCUUGACCAUUACUAGCUGCAAGGGAGGCUGCACAAAGCCCACCGAGGUCCCUUCUUCGACCUGGGUUCCUUCUUCUACUAACCCUGCUGCCAAUGUCACAAGCACCGAGAUUGUGUACACCACCACCUCUCUGUGCCCCGUCACCACCGUUAAGCAGGGUCAGACAUUCACGUACACCACAACGAGCACAUUUGUCGUCACUAGCUGCAAAGGCGGUUGUGUUAAACCUACUCAGUCUGCUCCUGCUCCGACCACCAAGACCGAGGAAGUCUACACGACCACAACUGUUUGUCCCGUAACUGAGACUACGGUCAGCGGUGGCCAAACCCUGACCAAGACGUACACUACUACUUCGGUCGUGACUCUGACAUCGUGCAAGGGUGGCUGCGUCGCUAAGCCCACCGAAACCCCCAAGCAGUCCUCGCAGAGUGUUCCUACUGCCCCCUACCCUAUCUGGAAUGCCACUCACCCCAUUGUUGGUCCCUCGGGCACUGCCCCCGUCCACAAGACCUCGACUGUGACUGCAUCUGUCAUUACCACUGUCAUUUCUUGCUCUUCUGGCCAAGUAAUUACCAGCGGUGGUCAAAAGACAACCCUCACGGCUCCUUCAACGAUUACAAGCAUUCUGACCAGCUACGCCACCGUCACCGCACCCACUCAGGGCCAUGUUGUUCCCACCACUCCCAUCUAUGGAAAUGCAACCACUACUUACACCGCUUCUGGAAAGGUCACUGUUGUCGUCCCCGUCACUCAGUACACCACCACUUGCCCCUACACUACCGUUGACCAGCACGGCUCGACUUCCGUCUUCUUGACCACCUCGGUCGUCAGCCACCCUGCUGAGAGCACCAAGGUCUCUUCUGCAUCAGUCGAGACUCACCCCGCCUCGUCGCCUGUUGCUCCCGUCCCAUCGAGCAAGCCUGUCGAGACCCACCCCGUCUCGUCGCCUGUUGCAUCAUCCCCCGUUGCAUCUGUGCCCGUCGCAUCUUCUCCCAUCGCCUCCUCGCCUGUUGCUCCCGUCCAAUCGAGCAAGUCCGUCGAGACCCACCCUGCUUCUUCCCCCGUCUCUCCCGUCCAGUCCACCAAGCCCGUCGAGAGCGCCCCUGCUACCACCGCCGCUGCCAGCUCGCCCGUCAGCAAGCCCACUGGAAACGUUGUUACUCAGAUCAGCGAUGGCCAGAUCCAGGCUCCCGGCCCUUCGUCUGCUCCUCCCGCUCUCCCCGUCUCCUCCGGCCUCGUCGCUUCCUCCGUCCACUCUGUCCUGAGCAGCUCCGUCCACGCCAACGCCCCUAGCAGCACCAGCGGUUCCGUUGCCUCGGCCACCACCUCCACCCCUGCUCAGUACACCGGUGCUGCCAGCAAGAGCAACGCCAGCUUCAUGGCUGCUGUUGCCGCCAUGGCUGCCGUCUUCUUCUUCUAG